AUGUUCUCAUUUGGGAAUACAAAAGAGACCGUUCUCAUGUGGGAAUGGAAAGAGAUUGUUCUCAGUCAAAUUUGUUUUGAUUUUACUUUGGAAUAUUAUUGGAAGGUCCUUAUAGAAAAUUUGAAACUUAGGGAGUCGUACCGGAGACUGCAUCUUGUAGUGAGGAAAGGAAUUAAAACCGAGGAGGAGGCUACCAAACGUGAACCAAAGUUAGGCUACGGAUCACGUUUCAGUUCGUCAUUACCCUCUCGGCCACAUACAGUACUUGGAGUUUCCAACCCACGGUCGUUUGCUGCUGAAAAACCUCGCCCAUAUUCCCGCCUCACGCGGUCAACGCCAACCCACUUCCAACGAAGGACAACCCACCGAGAUGCAUCGUCAUAUGGCAAACGUGCUGGUGACCUUAUCAAAAUAGAGUUUGAACCUGCACCGAAACCAACAUCGCUAGAACACGUGGAUAUUGAUCGGCUUGUGAUAGAUGGAACUUUAGAUGAGAUAUUCGCUCAAAGAAAACAGCUUUUAACACCUUGUGAACCUUUAUGGUUCCCGAACUCAGAGAGUCACUUUUCUAGCGAAAUGCUUUCUCCGCCAGAAUUACCGGGUGGUGGGCUUAAGCGUGAAACGACUAGUUUUGGGGUUUACUCAAAUCUCGCCUCACACAGCCGACGAGAGCUGACAAAGAUUGAUGAAGGCCGUCGACCGGAAAUCCUACCUGUCGUCACUUCCGGUAUACAAUAUCAGCUUCUACAAGCAGUCAAGAAUGCAGACGUCGAUGAAGUGCAGCAGAUUUUGAACAAUAAUCCAGAUAUAAAAUUACAGUUUGUAGAUGAAAAUGACCGCACUGUGCUUCACUAUUGUUUUGAUAUGCAGCAAAGGAAAGUUAAUUGUGAAAUACUGAAAUUAUUACUGGAAAAGAAACCAUCCAUGAUAAAUUACUGCAAAACAGAUGCUCCAGUUUUGCACAAUGCCGUCAGAAUUGGGAACGCCCUUUCUGUUUAUCUUCUUAUAAAACAUGGCGCUGACGUUAACAUACAAUACAAGCGAACAUUCCGUACUGCGCUACACGAGGCAGUCUUGUGCGGACAAAGGCCUGCUGCGGAGAUUCUACUUUACAAUGGUGCAAAGACAAAUCUUCGGGAAAAGGACGGCCGUUUUGCGUGUGACCUUUGUAAGGAGAAUAUUUUUCAACGUGAAGAAUUUGAAAAGAUUGAAGAAUGUGUAGCUAAUAAAAGACUAGACAUAAAAGAAGUUUUAGAUUCUACUGCACAGUUUGAUAAUGUUGGAGUCACCAUACAACCCUCUUUAGUUAAAAAUAAUUUAGUUAUUCUAAUAAAACGUCAAAAUCUUGAAUCAAGUAAAGUCAAAAUCCCUCUUCUUGAAGAAGAGGAUUUAUCCAGUGACGUAAUCACAUGCCGCGUGCUACAAAAUCCAGAGGGCGCUUCUGCACGUUUUUCUCUGCCGCUUUUUGACACUCCGAUCUCCUCUAGAGAAGAAAUAGUCGUGAAAUCUGGAACCGGAAGUACAUUUGCAGCUAGUGAAAUGCAAGCCGGGAAUCAUGGUUUAGUGGUUGAUUUCGAAACUGAUCUGACCGAGGGCAAGGACUCAUACAUCUGUGUAUGUCGACCUAGGGUAGAGAACUGGCAAGUGGGCAAAGGACAAACUGUCCUCGGGUCUGUGAUAGACGAUCGGGUCAAAGUUCAUGUCAACAAGACGUCAUUCAACACGAAGGCAACACUAAGUCUUCAGGUCAUAGAAUUGCCUGAAAAUGUUGAGAUCAGAGAGGGCACGAUUCUUGCCAGUACACCAUUUUACAGGAUAAAAGCGGACCAAAAAGUGGACAAAGAUAUAACUAUUGAGCUUCCAAAGCCAACAUGUUUCGAUGACGAAGGUAAAUGCGUUGUCUUGGCAAAAUCUGGAUCAAAAUGGGGAGUAAUGGAUAUGAAGGCAGACGAUAAACGCAACACCGUUUGUUUCGAAGAACAUCGACUUCCGGUCAUUGCGACAGUGGCAAUAAUAAAACCAGAAAGUCCUGCUGAAACGGUUACCAAGGAAAUCAAUGACACUUUAAAGCUUGUCUCAAACAUAGAGUUUCGAGUCUGUUUCCUCUGUGUCACAAAUAGAAUAGGAAACACGCGAAAAUUUACUGUAGUUUUCGAGUGUUGUGAGGUUAGAAAUUUAGAUGCCCGGCUGCGUUACUGGAAAGUUCAGGGAUAUCAAGAACAACAAGAAAAAGAUCUGCUGGCUCAGAUUGGAGUGCAAUCAAAACAAGCGUUUAAAGUUGUAUUUUACGACAGCGCCAUCUUGCGGAAAGAUCCGCGUUUUGUUGAUCUCGAGUUUCAUAGGAUGAGGGACAAUGUUGUAUCAUUUACUGUUGAACUGAAAGGAAAGGCGAUACAGUUUAUAAAUGGCCGACUUUAUGUCUAUGCCGCUCAAGCCGGUACAGAAAAUAAAGAGGAAGUUGUAGGGAAAGAGCAUCUUGCGUCAGUUGAUGUCAAUCUUUUGUUAAAUCAAAUGGAGUAUGGACAAAGUCUCUCGGAAAGUGUUGCGAGUGAUGGGAAAACUGACAACACGAGAAGUGCUAAAAGUGCUAGAAGUCGGAACACGUUAUCACAAGGAGAUAAUUUGCCUGGUUCCCGUACUUCUGACAGACGUCCUAAGUCUCGCGCUAUGGAAGUGAGACCGAAAACCGGAACAAGAGAUUCGCAGACGAAAAAAACUGAAGAAGAACCACAGGUUGAUUCGCUACAAAAAGUGCAAGAAACUCUUGCCCGUGCGAUGAAAAACGUAGAUCCCGUACCAGAAAAAGAAGAAAUUGCCCCUGUUGAAGAAAGGGUUGUACCUGAAAUAAUCGUUGAGCCUUCGGAAGAGUGUAGCACUGGAAAUAUUCUAGAAUUUCUGGGAGACGAUCUGCUAGACUACGUAAUCGAAGAACUAGAAGACGACUGGUAUAAGAUAUUCGUUAUGUCUGGCAUAGGUUUUUCAGAAAUUGAAGAAGCAAUCUUACAAUCGAGGCAGACUACACAAGUUAAAAAACAGCUGUUCCGGAAGUGGAGAGACCAACAUCAAAGUAGAGAAGAUUCAGGUCUACCUCUUUUACUCGGAGCUUUGUACAAGGGAGGCUGCCGUAAUGUUGCCAACAGCGUUCAAAUCAAACUCAAAACUUGGUAUGGUACGACGUCAGAGAAAGACAGCGAUUUUCAUAAAUGGGUUUCUAAGGCUUACAGUAAUUCCGAUCUCUUUGUGCCGCCAGAUUAUCCGAAACCAAUGAGUGACUCGUACCUCGUUUUGAUGUCAGAUGAACUUCCUCCUCGACGUGAGCUUGCGCGCGCAUUACAAAUAACCGAUUCUGCAUCUUAUGACAUCAUUGAAAACCCCGCCUAUUUAAUUGAUGGUAUAAAAGUUAUGAAGAUUCUGACGUUAUUUCGGGAUCGAACACCUCGUGGAAUAGACGCGCUAGAGAAACUUAUUUCCUGUCUCGGUGACCUUGGAUAUUGGAAGCUCAGGAAUUAUGCAGUUAGAUGUUCCAAAGCAUGGUUGAAGCGGACGGCGACCAGAAAAGACGACCCGUUCCGUUAUCAGGUUGACGCAUUGGUCAAUAAAAUGCAGGACUAAUAAAGUGGUGUUUUAUGAUAUACAUAUAAACGAGUGUUGGUAAAGAAAUGUGUCCUUCUAUUAAUAGAUACAAUAAUUAAACAUGCUAAUAAUUCAACAUCGGUUGUCUCGAAUUAUCGAUAUCUCGAACAAAUUUACAAGGGCCCUCCGAGUUCGAGCAAAGAACUUCGACUGUUAUUAAGAGAAUUAAAAUAAAUGGCACCUGGUAUAAAUGUUGCCAUAUCUUA